CGAAGCCCUCGGCCUCGCACCAGGAUGACGGAGAUCCAGGACCUGGCGUCGCAGGCCUCACUGGGCGUGGUGUCGGCCACCUGCGUCUCCAAGGUGGAGCUGCGGGUCAGCUGCAAGCACCUGCUGGACCGCGACACCCUCAACAAGUCCGACCCCUGCGUCGUGCUGCUCAUGCAGUCCCAGGGCCAGUGGAUGGAGGUGGACCGCAGCGAGGUGAUGAAGAGCAACCUCAACCCCGUCUUCUCCAAGAUCUUCAUGGUGGACUACUACUUCGAGGAGGUGCAGAAGCUGCGCUUCGAGGUCUACGACAGCCACGGCCACGCCAGCAUCGGCACCCAUGAUGAUGACUUCCUGGGGGGCAUGGAGUGCACCGUGGGCCAGAUUGUGGCUCAGAAGCGCGUGACCAAGCCACUGUUCCUCAAGUACGGGAAGUACGCCGGCAAGUCCACCAUCACGGUGCUCUCCGAGGAGAUUUCUGGCAACAACGGCUACGUGGAGCUCGCUUUCCGGGCCAAGAAGCUGGACGACAAAGACCUAUUCAGCAAGUCGGAUCCCUUCCUGGAGAUCUACCGGAUCAACGACGACCGCAGCGAGCAGCUGGUGUACCGCACGGAGGUGGUGAAGAACAACCUGAGCCCCGUGUGGGAGCCCUUCAAGGUCUCGCUGAACUCGCUGUGCAGCUGCGAGGACAAGAGGAGGCUGCGGUGCGUGGUCUGGGACUACGACACCCGGGGCAAGCACGACUUCAUCGGCGAGUUCUUCACCACCUUCGAGGAGAUGCAGAAAGCCACGGGGGGGAACAAGGUGCAGUGGGACUGCAUGAACCCCAAGUACAAAAUCAAGAAGCGCAACUACAAGAACUCGGGCGUCGUCAUCUUGCUGGAUCUGAAGAUCCACAGGGUCUACUCCUUCCUGGACUACAUUAUGGGCGGCUGCCAGAUCCACUUCACAGUGGCCAUCGACUUCACGGCCUCCAACGGGGACCCCCGCAACAGCUGCUCCCUGCACUACAUCAACCCCUACCAGCCCAACGAGUACCUGAAGGCCCUGGUCGCCGUGGGCGAGAUCUGCCAGGACUACGACAGCGACAAGAAGUUCUCCGCCUUGGGCUUCGGCGCCAGGAUCCCCCCCAAGUACGAGGUGUCGCACGAUUUCGCCAUCAACUUCAACCCGGACGAUGACGAGUGCGAAGGCAUCCAGGGCGUGGUGGAGUCGUACCAAAACUGCCUGCCCAAGAUCCAGCUCUACGGCCCCACCAACGUGGCCCCCAUCAUCUCCAAGGUGGCCAGGGUGGCCGCCGAGGAGGAGAGGACGAAGGAGGCUUCGGUGAGUCUCGCCCGAGCGCCAUGCCAGGAGGGGGGUGCUGGCUCCCUCGCCCCCGAGCACUGA